AUGACAUCACAGGCGAAAAAGCAUAAUAAAUCAUUCUAUAAAAUGGCCCCAAUAUAUGUUAAUGACAAGCCGGCAAUAUUCGCGCACGCCGAGAGUCCAGUUUGGGAUGUUGAUACGCAAUCACUAUUCUUUGUAGACGUGCACAGUCAAAACGUGCACCGCUAUGAUUAUUCCACAAAGAAAUUGUACACUAAACAUAUUGAUUACGGUCAAGUGAAUAUAGUAUCAUUAGUAGCCGGUUCUCGAAGGUUAUUAGUAGCGGUUCGUUCCGCGUUAUACUUGCUCGAUUGGAAUGUAUCGGGUGAUGCAGCUUUGAGGCUUCUAACUACGGUGGACCAAGGCCUACCUGAUAAUGUAAUAAAUGAAGGAAAGCCGGAUGGCGAAGGACGAUUUUGGGGUGGUACUAAAGGCCCACAAGUAGGUGAUGACGUACAACCCGACAAGGCAACUCUGUAUAGUUUUGAACCGGAUCAAGAGGGUUACGUCCAACCACGCGUUGUCCUUCGCCCGGUUUCUAUAUCUAACGGAUUGGCAUUUUCACUUAAUAAUACUAUUAUGUACUAUGUCGAUUCGGCUACUCAAAAGAUUGAGGCGUUUGAUUAUGACGCACAGAGAGGGGAAAUUAGUGGCAGACGAACAAUUUUGGACAUAACAACCUAUGGAUACGAUGAUGCAAUACCGGAUGGCUUGACAAUCGACAGUAAUGGACACUUGUGGGUCGCUCUUAUGUUUGGAGGAACUAUACUGCACAUAGACCCUGAAGCAAGACAAGUUAUAUAUGGAUACAAGCUGCCGGGUGUACGAACAACCUCUCUUUGCUGGGGAGGCCCCGAUUUAGACGAACUUUAUGUCACCACGGGCCGAGAAAAAGACGUCAUCGAACCGUUUGCAGGCGCCAUCUUUACAAUAAAGAAUACUGGCAGCCGAGGAGUUCCCGCGCAUACAUUUAGAUACGACAAUGCGGAUAGUUAUUAA